AUGUUUCUGGAAAUUUUCAAAAAAUUGUUGAACACUAAAUCAAUUUAGAAAAUUAAGAGAGGAAGGAGUAAAAAUCCAAAAAUAAUUAAUUAAUAGAAGAAAGGAAGCUAUGAAUAUAACUAUAUGAUAAAUUAGGAUUUCAUUUAGGCCAAACUAAAAGUUUCAGAGCAAAUUAAGAGCUAUUCAAUUUUUUUUCUUUUCAUAGAGUAGCUUCAAAUAAUUGAAAUUUACAAAAUGGGUUAAGUUUAGAGAAUAUUUUGUUAAAUUAAUAUAUAAAUUUAAAUGGUUUUAUUUAUUAAACUCUUUUUGAAAACUCUUAUCAAAAAGAAACUUAGAUACUAUAAAUGAAAGUAAAAGUUACUUGAUCUUCAAGUUUGAGAACUCAAAAAGAAAUAUCAUAAGUAAAAUAAUAUUUANAUAAAAGUUUGGAAUGUAGAUUUUAUUAAGAAUGAGCUGAAUUUUCAGUAUUCAUUAGAUUAACAUAGUAAUCAAGUACAUUCAUUCAGUUUUAAUUCAUCUGAAACUGUAUUGGUAUCAUGUGGAUAUAAUCAUUUUAUCAUAUGGGAAAAAGGAAUAUAAGGAAAAUGGGAAUUUAAAUAUAGAAAAGAUGUUUCAGAUGAUGGACGUAAAAUAUAUUUAAUUAAUGAUCAACAAUUACUUUGGGUAACUUUUCGUAAAAAUAUUGAUGCUAUUUUUGUUUUUGAAAUAUAGAAUGGAGUCUUUGAAUUAAAUAUUAAUAAAACUAUCAAAUUGACUAAGAAUAAUGAAUGUGAUGAUAAUCUUUAUUUCCCAAUUAUUUACAAUAAAGAUAAAAAUAUAAUAUUGGUAAGACAUAAACAUCAUAUCUAUCUGAUUAGACAAUUAAAUAAUGAUACAUUUAAUAUUAUCGUAUCAUUAAAUUGUUAAAAUGAUUAGAUUUAUGGAACUAUGACCAAUAAUGGAUAGUAUUUGGUAUUUUGGGAUAAUAUAUAUAAAAAGUAUAAAUCAUAUGAGAUAUUACAUAAAUGA